UAGGAUAUUUGUGUAUGUUAAGAAAAUUGAAAUUUAAGGAUAAUUUUAUUAUAUUUAAUGAAAAUAAACAAAAUAAAAUUCUUUACGUUGCGUACGUACGUACUAGUCUACGUUAAAACGAAAGAAAUGUUUUGGUACAAUCGCAAAAUAAAGAAUUAAAAAUAUAUUAAGUACCCAUACUAUUCAGUAUAAUAUGUGUAACGAUGUGUCACAAAAUGAGACGGCAACAUGUUGGCGAUGACUUCAGAGAUCAGGGCCUGAAUACAUUGGUAACACAGGAGGUAGACGCUGCAGGUAUUGCUGCUAACAGAUUUACCCUACCACCAACGACUACAAAGAAACUCCUACGGACUACACCAUACCGUGUUUCAUUCGCAGAAGACUGUGAUUACCUCGUACACUACUGUCUCAGAGCUUAUUCGACCGGAGAAUUAUGCGCACGGACAUUAUUCUAUACAUACUAUACAUUCAAAAACUAUUGUCUUAUGGAUUUUGUUAAUUGCAUGGAGCGUUAUGAAGUAUGGCAAGUUGUUCACAUGGGACCAUGUUUCAAUAUUACACCACUAACAGAAUAUUUAUUAUAUCCCUAUGAUGAUGAUUACUUCUUGGACUUAGACUAUGUAAUAGAAGAUCAUUGAAAAUAAUAAAAAAAUCGAACAUAUAAAAUGUACCUACAUGUAUUGUAUGACAGAAAGGAAACUGUUUCUGUUAAUAGUUUAUAAAUUGAUGUUAAAGUUAUCUGUGGACUUGUGGAGAGACGAUAAUAAAUUUGAAAACUUUGACAA